UGUGAGUGUGUGAGACAGAGAGAGAGUGUGUGUGUUCACGGAGGAUCCUCCAGAUCUCUCCUCGUAAGAAGUUUCUCUUCAUGGAUCUGAUCGACAGAGGCGUGUGAGCGUUUCACGUUACUGGUCUUGAUGGCCGCUGUUACCGUCGCUCUGCUGCUCUUCUUCUUCGCUCGAUCCCCUUCACUCUCCACCGUCGUCUCGCGCGAUCAUGACCCGCUCUCCAGCGCCGCGCGCUGCCUGCCUGACAUCAUCAUCAUCGGCGUGAGGAAGGGCGGCACGCGCGCUCUCAUCGAGAUGCUGAGUCUCCACAGCGGCGUCGCCGCGGCUCAGAGCGAGGUGCACUUCUUCGACUGGGACAGUCACUACCAGCGCGGCGCGGAUUGGUACGUGUCCCAGAUGCCGCUCGCUCGCUCGGGUCAGCUGACGGUGGAGAAAACCCCAGCGUACUUCACCUCCGCCCGUGUUCCUGAGCGCAUCCGACGGAUGAAUCCUGACGCGCGGCUGCUGCUGAUCGUCCGCGAGCCGACCGAACGACUGCUGUCAGAUUACACGCAGGUCUUCCACAACCGUCUGGAGAAACGCAAGCGUCAGCAGACGCUCGAGACGCUACUGAUGCGCGAUGGAGAGCUCAACCUGGACUACAAGGCCUUGAACCGCAGUCUGUAUCACGUCCACAUGCGGCGCUGGCUCGACGUGUUUCCCAGGAGCCGCGUUCACCUGGUGGAUGGAGACGCGCUGAUUAGAAACCCUCUUCCGGAGAUGAAGGAGGUGGAGGAGUUCCUUCAUCUGGAGCCACAGAUAAACGCCACCAACUUCUACUUCAACCAGACCAAGGGCUUCUUCUGUCUGCGCGACCGCCGGCGCGAGCGAUGCCUGCACGGCUCUAAAGGUCGCAAGCAUCCGCGCGUCGCGCCUGAAAUCCUGCGCAAACUCUACGACUUCUUUCACGAACCCAAUCAGAAGUUCUUUGAGAUGGUCGGAAGAACGUUCGACUGGAAGUGAGAAGUGGGUGAACGUCGAAUAAGCUGAGAAUCAACACAGAAGGAAUCGCUCCUGAAGUAACUGGAACAUUUCGACAUGAAACAACCCGUAAUGUGACGAACUCGAAGUUUUUUUUUAUGAUUUCGUGAUUAUGGAGGUCUAGUUUUUGACGAAUCGUUCACAGUAAGAUCUGGAUAUGAGUGGAGUUCGUUUUCAGAGCUGUUAAUAAACCUUAUAUUUAGAUAUAUGGACAUAUGCAUGUGAAAUACAUCUAUGUUAUAUGUUAAUACGUGACGGUAAUGAUCAAAAUACUGUUUCCCUGCUGCUAAGUUUAUGAAUGUGUGUUUGUGUCUUUAUAUCAGUCUGUGUUACAGCACAGGUCCUCAUUAAUUUCAUGACAUAGUCUGUGUAUUCUGUUUAUUACGUUCUUUAUAUGAAGGAAUCUUUCAGUAAUAAAGAUAUUUUUGCUAUGA